AUGGCUGGCCAAGGGACUCACCCCAAGCUUCCUGACUCGCGCAGCAUCCGCGUCAUCAAGCUUCAUGGCGCUGCGAACAUCAGUGACGAGAUCCGGUUCGACCUCAUCACCACCUCGCUCGACGAGCCUCUGCCGUACGAGGCAAUCUCAUAUACGUGGUCUGGACAAGCACUCGAUCGCCCGGUCUACGCCAAUGGCCAAGAAUAUCACGUCACGAAAAAUGCAGAAGAUGUUAUGCGAAGACUUCGCCCAAGCAGGCCUGAUGACUCCAGGAACCUCUGGAUAGAUGCUAUUUGCAUCAAUCAGAAGGAUGACGCCGAAAAGUCGGUGCAGGUACAGCUGAUGUUUGAAGUCUACGCCAACGCAGAGCGCGUCAACAUAUGGCUUGGCCAGGGCACCGACGCAACUGCUCUUGCUCUCCAGUGGCUGAGGUGGUACAGCUGGUCCUUUGCUGCUGCUUGGAAGCUGCAGUCGAAGUUUGCAUCGGCCAUCAGGUCUGCGGACAGCAUCUUCAUAAGGCUCCUCUUAGGCAUCGCGGCUGUUUCGAUGUCGUGUAUCUGCGCGUGUAUGAUGAUGGCUGUUGGGGCGCUGAUACUGUUGCCUUUUGGCCUGUUGCCCUUUCGAGCCGGUUUGGCCGAAUUGGCUUCCCUCGAAUACUGGGAGAGAGCCUGGACAGUCCAGGAAGCCAACGCCAACCCGUCUUGCUUCAUCCUGUGCGGUUCAUCUGCUCCGCUUCGCCUGGAUUUAUUUUGCCAGAGCCAUAACAUGGUUCCGCCCAUCUACGUCUUCAGCUCACUGAACAACAGCAAAUUGAACCAGCGCUAUGGUCUACAUCUUCUGGACGCUUUCCACACCAACGGCGAGGCGGAGUUUGGAAGCCCAAUCUUCGAGGUGCUGUGUAAGACAAAGGCGACGAUAGCCAAGGAUAAGCUGUUUGCCAUACAAGCAAUGUUUCCUGAUACUUUGGGCGAGUUGACGGUAGACUACUCACGAUCAGAUGGCGAGGUUUACACCGAAGCCGCCCGUAUAAUUCUCGAUGAAACUCAAACGGUUGAGUUCUUCAGAUAUGCUGGCCAAGCUGGUCGAGAGCAUGGUUUCCCUUCAUGGGUGCCCUCCUGGUCUGCACUUGUCGAUCUGCCAGAAUGGCUCUGUGGCUUCUCGCCAGCCACAAUCUCCCAGGACGCUGUGGUGAUAGAGGGGGAAGACGAUACGGUGCUCAUAUUGAAAGGACGACGGGUUGAAAGAGUUACAUCGGCUGUCAGUGAUCGCUUCCCAGUUGUGGCGCCUCUCCCGGUGCCGUGGUCCCGCGUUCUUGAUCUCGAUAUCGCAAAGGAAGCCUUUGCAGUGUUGCGGAAAUGGAUACGCACAACAGGGGCAGCUAGUUGCCAUGACCCUCAGAUACUCCAGCUUGCCUCCCUCAUAUCGGACAUGAUCAAAAUGGAAGCCGAAGAGAUUAUUUCUUGGUUUCACUUGAUAUGGGAAGAGGACAACAUUGGCAUGGAGAAACUAUGGGAUUAUGGAUUAAACGGGGGUCAAGUCUGCGAUUCUCGCAAGAUUACUGUCAACUUCUUGCAGCUUGUUAGCGGCAGGUCACUUUUCAUGACGGAAAGCGGAAGAGUUGGGAUGUCAACGUUGGUGAUACGCCCGGAAGACGAGGUUGCGUUAUUCACGGGCGAGAAGUUGCCGUACGUUGUUCGCAAAAGCCUUGAGCAUUCUGGUGGAUAUACUCUGGUAGCUCCGUGCUGGGUGAGCGGUGCUCUCAAGGGCGAGCAAUGGCCCGGUUGGGAUGGAGAUAUGGAGGACCUGGAGGAUAUUGUACUUGUAUGA